AUGGGCUAUAAUGCACACAGCCCACUAGCUUCUACACCUCCUGCUAUUCUAUCCACCACAUCCAGACCCCCAUCUGCCAGUACUUCAAAUUCUCAUAGCACUUCUGCAUUUUAUCAGCCUCCAUCUGCAUUUUCCCAGCCAAAUAGAGCCCCUCACCUUCCCCCUGUUGCAGAGUCACCUCUGGCACAAUUUUCUUGCCCUGCACCUCUGCUUACUACUUGCAUGCCUGCUACUUCGUCAUCUUCCCAGCCUGCUAUAUCUUCAUUGUCGCCACCUGCAAGUUCUUGGCCAUCUCUUCCGCACUACGCCCCAAUCGCUACUCCAUAUUCUCAUAAUCCACACUUUAGUGCCACUCAAGUUUCACCCGGUUUUGGUGUACCUCACACAGGCAUUCCAAUGUCGACUACAGCUGGUCGCAGUCGCGUUCGUUCUAAUAGGAAAACCACCAUGCCAUACAGUGUCUCCAAACCAGUGAAGCAGGUCUCCGAGAAACAGGUUGAUAUUGUCAUUUUCCCUAAUGAUAUUCACGCUGCACCUGCAGCUCCUGACAGUAUUGACGACAUCUUUGAGGAUACUUACCUUCAUUUUCCCCGCCGCAUUCAUGUUGGGGAGCGACUCGCCUCUGACCUGAAUGGCCUGCAAGAUUUUGGCCUCGUGCACCGCAUAACUCUUACUGCAUCCUCACGCAAUGAAAUCAUAAUGAACCAACCUGAAUGCUCUUUUGAUCUUGAUGCAUCUGCGCCCAACCGCGAGUUUCGGAUCCAGUUUCAACAUCUUCCAUUUCGCCUUCUUAAGAUCGGCUACCAGAUGCCUAAAGGGCACUAUCUGUCCUUUGACACCACUGAAACAUGGCAAGACUAUACCUUUCAUGCACUAUCCAAACGUGUCAAUCGAAUCCAGCACCCCACCAAUCCCAAUGUAGGAUUGCUUAUUAUCUGUCCUAAGUAUGGGCCUCUUAUUGGACCCAUCCAGCAGCACAGCACCCAGCAUCAUAUGUGUUUUGCUGAUCGAGCAUUCAAAAUCCUCAUUGAUGCAGAUGAGGAAGAGUUAGAGUAUCAAGGCUUGGAACCUGGCGACACUAUUCCUGUUGAUCCGAUUGAUAGCGAUGAAGAUUUGUAUGCACCUCCGACAAUUCCCAGUACUCCUGACAAUCAGCCCAAUGUGCUUCCCAGUAUAUCCUCUCCAGCUACCUCGCUUUCGUCUAUCUCAAGUCCUUCACUUAAUUCCCUGCCAGCCCUUGUGAACCCUCAGACGUCUUUCCCUACUGUCAUCGACCUGACACUGCCAUCCCCCAAUCAUUCCUCGCACUCACCCCCACAUUCACCCAUUGUUCACCAUCACUCUGUAUAUGUGUCACCCACUCCGCCUCCUUAUGAGACCUUACUCGAGGUCGAUAAUGCCAUAAUGACGGCCUUUGACAGCAAAGUCGAGCACAGCAUGGUCCAUGUCCGUGGUCCAACUGUCAAAGCCUGUGCAGAGGGCUUGAUAGAUUUUUUAUGUCAACAGCAGCGCAAUUCCGACACACCAUAUGCACGCUCCUACUAUGUCAAUGAGCGAUUUUCUAUCCGGCCCCAUAAUCAGAAGCUGUCUGACAUGUUCGGAAAACAUUGGAUCUUUCGUGUUGGGUAUGAUGGCGCCCAUGAUGCUUCUGGUGAAGGCGUCAUGAGACAGGUAUUAACAGAGGCCCUCAUGCUGUGCUUGAGCGAAUCCUAUGGAAUAACCCAGAUUCUCGAUAAACAUGGCUUUCAUGUUCUGCACAUCCGUGACUUUCCCACACCUAGCGACAUUGAGUGUGCCUUUGCAUUGGGAGCUGUGUGCACUAUGAUGAUGAUAUGUGGGCACAUUGCACCUGAUCCCAUCUCUCCUGCCUUACUCAUCACUGCCUUCGCCGGUGUGGAAGCUCUUGCUGAUAAGUGUUGGGUCGGGGCAUUAUUUCCUGAUCAUUAUGAUGAUCUUGGUCUCCUUCCCUCCUCACCAUGUGAUCUGACCUCUUCCACCAUUUCGGCCUCCCAAAGGACUUGCCUUCAACGCUUCAUACAGGGUACAAUUGAUUCAUCAGUAUCCCGGUUGGCACUUCUCAGCGAUGAGCAAUGGCCAGCGGUUGUUCUUUCCCUGCACACUAGCACAUUAUUAGGGAUCAAACCUGAGGCGCUUUCAAGUUCCCAGCUUUUCAAGGCUUUUCAGGCUGGCAUUGACAUUCAACUGAGCACAACGCACAAAUCAGUAAUCGAGAUGUUGAAAUUGUCCUCCAAGUGGCUCUUAUCGCAUUGCUAUCAUCGGCGCAUCACUAAUGGAGAGCAAGUAAUAAGCCAUCUGGACUUUGUUGUGUGUGGUGAUCCCACGUUUGAAUCUGCAACCGCUCCUCCUUUAGUGGUGCAGCUCCGGUCUGUUUUCGAGCACUAUUUCUGUGGCAUUGGACAUCCACCGCACCCUCAAAUGGCUGAUCUGGUCAAUGAGGCUCAACGGGACAUUGAUAAUGCUGACCCUGCCUAUCGUGCCUGCCGCUUUGUGAAGCUUUUGAGUGGAGUUACCUUGCUGCCUCCACCAGGGCAAGAUUUCACUAUUUAUGUCCAUCAAACAAUCCCAGAGACCGUCUGCUUUGCCGGUCAAUAUCAUCGCGACAACGGUCUGUUGCCUCCAAGCAUACAUGCGUGCAACUACAGUAUGGACGUGUGGUUCAACAGAAAGAUGAUGCCUAUUCUGGGUAAAUCACCUCUCAGUGAUAGCGAUAUUGCUGAAUUGGAGUUUAUGCUUCAUUGUGUCAUUUUUGAUGCUGGUCAAGACAGCUUUACCUAA